GAUCUCAUGGAUGGGGUGAUGUAACACUUUGGUUUUCAAACUUUCGUGCAUGUUAGCCUGACUUCGCGCAGUAUCUAGACCAAUCACACGUGAAACUUUGAUCAAAUUACAAUUAGCUUGUUCUUUGUAGACAAACACCUUUAUCACUGGAGCAUACACUGAUUUGGUACAAAAAAGCUAACUAACUAGUGUUAAUACACGCCAUACAAAAGACCUUAGCUAUCUGCCACUACUUUUAACAUGUAGAACUCCGAUUGAAGCCUAACAAAGUGAGAUAGUAUUGUAUUUGUACGUGGUUCUAACUGUGGGAAGCCGGGUUCUCACCCCCAAAUGCUUUAUCUCCUUUCUUGUGUCAUACAAUGAAUCAUAAUCAUAUUCCUUAAUGGGUUCAAAUGAGGUUUAUGGAUCUAGAAGGAGGAGGUAUGGUAGGUCAUAUUUUACACAAACCCGCCCUCUCUCAUCAAUUCUGUCGUCUCGUCUGUAAUGGGUCGCAGAAGAAAAUGCUGAAAGCAGGCGGGCAAGUGGAAAGUUUCUGGUCGUGUGCGUGUACCCUUUAUCAAGGCUGCAUUCUUUUUUCGCAAUUGGAAAGUUUCCUCUGCUUUACGAGCUUUUCCCGCUCCACGCGUCACAAACCCAUUCGCUCUUCUCCCUGCCACAGCAAAUCAAGCGGCAGCUCGCGGAAUUCGAGGAAUAAAAUCCGAAGCAGCAGCAAGAAAUUCGCGUCCAACUUCACAUUAUACGCUACCGUUUUGGCUUCUGGACGGGGAUGGGUGCACCUCGGGAGAAGGGAAGGAGGGAUUGUCACGGUCCUGUCACUUGAUCAUUCUCCUCCAGGAAUCUUCUUAAUACGAAAUGCGUUCACACCUUGACAGGAGCUUAAUUAAAUCGCCAUAACCACAUUAAUCUCGGCACUGACGAUGUUGCCCCCCGGAAAAUGCUACGUUCGCUGCUACAACCGGGGGUAAUCCCGUCAUAUCGGCGUUACUAAACAGGGGAAUAUUAUUUUCGAUUUUUCAUUUUGGCCUAAAAAAUCCAUUGACCGGCUAGGAUAAUGCCACUUUUCUCAUUCUCAUGGCUUCCACAAUUUCAAUGUUCUCACCUAACACCACAUUCGGCCGUCCAUUCCGCCCUCCCUUCUUGAAUCGCGUACGUCCGUUUCCCAAAACCAAUGCCGGCCUCACGAUCAAUUCGGAUCCAACGGCCUGUUUCGAGUUACUAGAACUUUCUUCUCUUUCCUCGACCCGUCGCCCUUGCCCUUUUUAUUUCCCAUCAUCACAGAGCUUGUGUCGUACUCGUGCCAGUCUCCCUUCCCGACUUUCUUCAUCGCUCAUUUCACUUCCCUCUGCUCUCCUCUCCUCUCCUCUCAACAGGUCCGUUUCUUCUAGCUAUUCCCCGCUCUAGAUAACCUUCCGGCUGAUUUCAUGCUAUUCUGAUUCGUUUCGUUCUUCGAUUUCCUGCUACCGCUUGUUGUUUCUUUUGUCUCCGAUGAUUGGAUUCCCGGAUCUGUCGCCGGACGGCGUUGUGAAAUGUGCGGGAUUUUGAUGAGAUUCUGUGUGUUUUCGUGUUCGUUCGCCGGCCAUCUUUACGCGGAUUUAGUUUCCUGAGCGCUUGAGGCUCUUUGCGUUUUCUGAAUCGAAUCUGGUUGUUUCCUUUUGUUGUUUUUGCAGACUCCACCGACGACAAUGACGAAGAACUACCCUACCGUGAGCGAGGACUACAAGAAGUCCGUCGAGAAGGCCAAGAAGAAGCUCAGAGGCCUGAUCGCCGAGAAGAACUGCGCUCCACUCAUGCUCCGUCUCGCAUGGCACUCAGCAGGGACCUUCGAUGUGAAGUCAAAGACUGGUGGCCCAUUCGGUACCAUGAGGUACGCUGCCGAACUGGCCCAUGGAGCUAACAAUGGGCUGGAUAUUGCCGUGAGACUCCUUGAGCCCAUCAAGGAGCAGUUCCCUAACAUCACCUACGCUGAUUUCUAUCAGCUCGCUGGUGUUGUUGCUGUCGAGAUCACUGGAGGACCUGAAGUUCCAUUCCACCCAGGCAGAGAGGACAAGCCUCAGCCACCACCAGAGGGACGUCUCCCCGAUGCCACAAAGGGAUCUGACCACCUGAGAGAUGUCUUUGGCACCAUGGGUCUAAGCGAUCAGGAUAUUGUUGCUCUAUCUGGUGGCCACACACUGGGAAGGUGCCACAAGGAGCGAUCUGGGUUUGAAGGACCCUGGACUGCCAACCCUCUUAUCUUUGAUAACAGCUACUUCAAGGAGCUGCUGAGCGGAGAGAAGGAAGGUCUCCUACAGUUGCCGACCGACAAGGCACUGCUCUCUGAUCCCGUCUUCCGCCCCCUUGUUGAGAAAUAUGCUGCGGACGAGGACGCUUUCUUUGCCGACUAUUCUGAAGCUCAUCUGAAGCUGUCCGAGCUUGGAUUCGCCGAGGCUUGAGCUGUUAGCGAUUUGGUGGAUGGUGUAGUGGAUGGUGCCAAACAAUCUGGGUGCGGGUUUUAGUAGAGGUUUUGAGGGUGGUUUUGAUGAAUCUAGUGGGCUCUUUUGGGUCUCCUUAGUUUCGGAUGUGAGCUGUCUCCAUGGAAACAAUAUGUCCUUAUUGAAGACACUCUUGUUUGGUACCAAUCGUCGUUUUAGACUUGAAUAACAUAAAUAUUCGCAUUAGCCUAGUUCAUUCAGAAACUAUUGUAAUAUUUUCUUCCGUUGUUUCGUCUUAUUCAUAUCCCGUCAUUGUUGCGAGACGGAACUAGGCAAGACAAAUUGGGUUUGGCAUUGUUAUCGGAUCCAGGGGAGGCGGUAUCUUUUCUUUGUUAAUUGCUCUCGCAUUUCGAUCCUUCUGUUUUUGCUUCCUUAUCGUAUGUUUGCCGGCCAAGCCUUCGUAGUUAGCUACGAGCCACUUUGUUGCCAAGGAAGAGAGUGAGAGAGGUCGAUGGUGCAGGUGGUGAAGUUCAAGUUAGAUUUAAUCAGGGCAUAGCUCUCUGGUUGUUGGGUAUUUAAGCGCCCAAUGCAUUUGAAUGUUGUCUCCGUCGAGUCCAUUGAGACCUUGUGCUUUACUCCACUAUUCUCUACUCAAUGACGAUGUGUACAUCACUACAUCUACUGAUCUACAUGGACUCAAAUAUGGGAUACUUGCAAUAGUGUGGAUGGCUUCAGAUGAUCUCGUCCCAUUUCAUUCAAUUUUCAAUACCACGCAAACUCAAUUGUAAAUGUAAUCUUAUCCCAGUAAAAAAACAAUGCUUCAAACCCGUUAAUUUCACUUUUCUAAUUUCGUUAAUAUAUAUGUAUACAAAUUAAGUACCCCAAUUCCCUCUAACAUUCACAUUGUAUAUAUCUUUUUAAUGUUUAUCUUACUUUUUGCCCUUUAAAGAGGAGACGAUUUCUUCUUGCAUGCUCUUCCUUUUGGGGUGAUGGUAAACUGAGAUAAUUCUUUAAAGAGAAGACGAUUUCUUCUUGUAUGGCUUCUUCCUUUUCCAUUACCUGCGGGCGGCCAAGUGUGAAAGAAGGUGGAGUGGAUCUAUGUGGCGGCGAGUCCCUUUUGACCUGCUAUACCGCAUCUUGAUUUUCCCCAGGUGUUGCAGACGUUACGAAUAGUGGAUGCGUAAGGUUGGUCAAAACGUACAGAUUGGUUACUUAAUUUCCAUUGGUAAAAUCUCAGCAAAAGUAAGUAUGUCCUUUGCAUAAAUACUUAUAUAUUUCUUGCAGGAUAAUUACUUAAAUACUAUUAUCUACAUGUGUUUGUGCCUGGUAAAUACUAGGCGGUUUGUAGGGCAAUAGUGAGGCGUCUGUUCUUGAACGGAGGGUGCACUCUCGACCUCUGCUAAAUAAGGGUCCGUGGACGGUUGCCCAGUACACUCUCAAAAGCUUAAGUUAGAUAGAGAAGUGUUUGAGAAUGUGUUUAUUAUAGUAGAGAGAGAAUAGUUGAGUUUACCAUCGAUGCUCUCAUGGUACAUUUAUACCUAGUAUGGUGGUGGGUGAGACAUUAAAUGCUACGUCAGGCGUCCCGAGCAGGCCUAUUCCCUAUGUGGACCGCCUGCGGCGGGCAAUAAAUGCUCAGUCUUACC